CUUCACUCAGAAUGGAGUGUAAUGGAUGAACAAAAUGUAUCUGCUUCCCACCCCUAUUUGGUGAAGCCACGCCGCCGUAGCCGUUGGAUAUUGUCCGACAACAGCCCAGUAGCCACUCGAAUCUGUGUCUUAGACAUUGUCUGUCUACUUCCGUCGACCAGCACCUGGAUCCCUAUACCGAGAGGUGACACUCGCAAGAUGCUUGCCGAUAGCGGCCUCAUCAAGAAGCUACAGAUCACGUCAACAUCGACGGAAGACGAGCUGAAGCAUAUGAUCUCGAACCUCUUCAGCGUGUCCUUCAACCUCGCUGAAGAUGAGCUGCUUCCUUUCGACUACUUGCGAACGCAACCGAGUUGUAAGCGUCUGGUGCGUCCGGAAGUUACAGAGGACUGGCACUGGGGUGGACGUGAAGUGGCUAACCUGGCAGGUCAAGGCUGUUUGUAUAUCGUCUCCAAGAUCCCAUUGUCUUUAGAUUCAAAGGCUCCACUGAAAUCAAUUGUGCAGGAAGUGCAGAGACAAGCUGCUGCAGCUGCUGCCAUCGCUGCAACAUCUAUUGUAAGCACGUUGACCACGACAACCAACAUGACGACAGGGAUCUCACUGUCUGUAGAUGGCCAGACGGCUUCUCUGUCCCAAGUCCACUCCGCUGCCCCACUCUCGGCUACCGCCCAGACACAUGCCCUUGCACCGCUCACAGACAGCAGAACACGCAUGCGGAUAUGUACAAAGGAGAUCGUUUGCCUCCUGCCAACCUGCAUCACUUCUAUACCAAUCCCAAGAAGGUACACCCGGCGCAUUCUAGCUGAGAAGGGUCUCGUCCAAAAGAUACGUAUCGCCACCUAUUGGACAGAAGAACAAAUUAAAACCGAAAUCUCAUCUCUGUUUCGUAAGCCCUACGGACUUCAACAGGGCGAAAUCCUUCCGUUUGACUAUCUAUGUACAAAGCCAAACUGUAAACGACUGGUCAGAGCUUCAGCAUCCGAUUCCGUCCAGUGGGGUGGUCAAGAGGUCGCUAGGUUGGCUGGCCAGGGGUGUCUAUACAUAGUUUCCAGGAUUCCAUUAUACACAAAUACAAUGCCUCAUAUUGUGUCCAUGUCCAAAUCAUCGUCACCCUCACCGGCUCGUUACUCGCUAACCGCAAAUAAUUAUUACGGUAAUAAUUAUCACGAAGAUAGCGACGACGAUGGUGGUGGUGGUGUUGGUGUUGGCGGUAGUAUUAUCGGUGUCAAUGGUGGUGGUGGUCGUGGCAAUAGUGGCGUCGGUGUUUGCAAUGAUGAUGAUGUUGAUAAUGAUGACAAGGAUUACUUGCAUAUGAAAAUAUAUCCUGUGUUUUAAAAGCGCCUCUCCCCCACCCCCCGGAAGAAUUACAGAAAAAAAAACAAUUUAAAAACAAAAGGAAAAAACCAUAAAAUACAUAGAAUCAAGCAUGAGGACGAGAAGACUGUCAAUGAUGAUGAUGAUGAUUCUGGUGAUGAUGAUGAUGAUGAUGAUGAUGAUUAUGAUGGUUACUGUUGCAGUGGUGAGGACUAUUUACUUAUGAGGUUGUACCCUGGAUUGUCAGAGCCAGAAAUAGAUUUGGUGGGUGAGAUUCAAUAAAGGUGGUGGUGGUGAUGAUGAUGAUGAUGAUGAUUAUUGUGGUGGUGGUGGUGGUGGUGAUGAUGAUGAUGAUGAUUAUUAUGGUGGUGGUGGUGGUAGUGGAUGGAUGCUGGUGUGAAAUGUAAUUGUCUAUGCAGAGAAUGAUGAUGAUGAUGAUGAUGAUAGUUAUUGUGCUGAUUGUGGUGGUGGUGGUAGUGAUGGUGGUGGUUGUGGUGGUGGUGGUGGUGGUGGUGAUGGUGGUGGUGGUGGUUGUGGUGGUGGUGGUGGUGUUGGAUGGAUGCUGGUGUGAAAUGUAAUUGUUUAUGCAGAGAAUGAUGAUGAUGAUGAUGACGAUGACGAUGACGACAGUGACUGAUAAUAAUCUAAAUGUAUUCUUCACAGAAAUGUAAGUAUGAAAAUACCACAGAAGCCAACCCCAAGAAACACACACAUACACACACACACACACACACACACACACACACAAAUACACACACACACACACACAAAUAAAAUGC